GGAGGCACGCCGGCUUAGCUCGCAGCGGUGCAGCAGAAGAACAGUUGCAAACUCGCGUAGGGCUUCGAGAGUUCGAGUACAGUGAGCAAGAAGGUGAUCGAUCGAUCGAUCGAUCUCUGCAAGUGAGGAGGUGAUCGGCCGGAGUCCGGAGAUGGCGUUUCUGCUGGGGCUGGGCGGCGGCAGCGGCAGCCGGAGGAGGGUGGCCGCGAAGGGCGCCGCCGGCGCAGCAAGGGGCCGGCGGUCGUCGGCGGUGGCGGCGGCGCCGAGGCCGGUGAGGCAGCUGUACUGGAAGCUGAGAUCCAGGCUGCGGCCGAAGCGGCACGCCUCCGGCGCGGCGGCGAGGUUCGGGUACGACCUGCAGAGCUACUCCCGGAACUUCGACGACGGCCUCGUCUCCGGCCACCACCACCGCUUCCAGGCUCCCGUCGUGGCUCUAGCUAGCUAGACAAACCAGCAUCUCGAUCGAUCGAUCCGGACAGUGCCCUGCCAUUGCCGGAGACCGGCCGGAGAUCGAGCGCAAUUAAUUAAUUACUCGAUCUGCCGGUCUGGCCUGCAACUGUGCAAGUGGUAUUUUAGUACAAGAAUGUACUGACUGACUGUGUUGUUCAUUGUUCAUACAAUUUGGUGGCUCUUCAGUCUUCAGUUUUUAUUCUGAUUUAGAUCGUAUGAGAAAUCAUCUGGUGAUGAUCGUACUAACGGAGGAAUUAACACUUGUCCAUGUAUAUAUGCUGUGUGGGUUGUAAUCUAUGAAUUGAACUGCGACAUGAAUGUGUGUUUGGUUGCCAAAAGACUGAAACUA